CAAAUUUCACCUUUACUUCCCAGGAGAUUCCUAGAUCCUUGUUUGGGAUCAGGCUUUGGUACCUCAGAGUGUAUAUAAAAUACACACAUAUAGACACACACAUGAUAAGUCACCACCCCUCCAUGGUAAGAAUAUAAGUUAGCGUCACAGGUUCCAUGGCCUCAGCAGAUCCAGCACCACAGCAGCCCGUCUUCAGUUUCUCUCAGCCCAGCAGCAGGAUGGACAACGCUACGUACAGCUAUUCAUCUGAAUGCACUCCACUCACCAACUGUAAGUCUUCACGCAAGCCGCUCGGCUCUACUGUGGUCAACAUGGGCCCUGCAACCAAGAAACCUCUCCGAGACUACCUGGUCUGGUCUCUCUGCAACACCUUGUACGUCAAUUUCUGCUGCCUUGGCUUCAUGGCUCUCAUUUAUUCCAUCAAGGCACGAGACCAGAAGACCCUGGGAGACAUGCGUGCUGCUCAGGAGUGCUCAGACAAGGCUAAGUGGUACAACAUCCUGGCAUCUGGCUGGAACCUGCUGGUGCCGCUUCUUUUCCUCGGGGUGCUCGGACUGCUCCUCGUCCACCUGGGCAGCAUGCAGGGAAGCUUCGACUUUUUUGGAGAAGAAGGCUAUCAGAAUUUCAUGAAGCUCUUUGGCAGGUAGACAGGAAAAGAAAACAACUGGCAAUAAAAACCCACCAAUGAACAAUAGAUACACUUGGACCUAUUAUUCUCUGUGCCUCUUAACCUUUUUUUUUUAUCUUAUUGCUAUUAAAAUAUUGUAUUAUUAUUAUUAUUAUUAUUAUUAUUAUUAUUAUUAUUAUUAUCGUUGUAGAAUUUCUUUUUCAGAUUCUUGUAUGAUAUAUGAGAAAUAUCCUAUCCUUUUUUUUCUAUUCACACUUUAUAUGAAGUUAAUGUGACAUUACUGGAAUAAACUAAUUAACGUCAUAAAUGAACUCGGUCUUGUCAAUGGGUAGAAUUGAUAUGUUAUCAUAAAAACAUCAGAAAUAUGUGUGUAUGUUUUAUAACCACAGAAAGUAUACUAUACCUCCAGCGCCGUGUCUAUGAUUGAAAUUGAUAUCUUAGAAACCUUAAAUAUUUCCUAUCACUAAUAAAAUGGCUGACUUGGUCAUCAGCCAUGGGUUAUGUACUAUGUUUAAAAGGAAAACGAUGUAAACUGGAGGUACAGGACAAUGCAGUUCCAUUGUCCAUGUUGCUUCUGUGAGUUGAACAUGGUUGUGUGGUGUCUGUAUCCAAGCUUGGUGGCUGUUCUGUAAUACUGCAGUGUGAACAUGCUGUGGGCUGCCCUGCCUUGUUGGCUUCCAUUGCUGACCACUCCUUGCUCUGCUGGUAUUUAUAGAAUUUAAAUGACAGACCUGCCUGCCAGUGCGCUC